GUUAUAUAGACCUAAAUGCUUCAAUAUUUCAAUAGCAACCUAAAUGCUUCAAUAUUUCACACUAGUGACCCACAGGGUAGUGACCCACAGUUAGUUUCAGCAGCCCUCAAGAUAUUAACAACUCCAAUGAGGUAAAUACCUUAGAUUCCCUAACAUUCAGUGAGAACUGAAGAAACUUCUCAGAUGAGAGGUGAAACAUCUUCAAGCAACUCAGGCAAAUCUACAUGACAACUUUUGUCACUUUAGGUUUAUUUGAAUGAAUUAAUUUUUUUCUUGAAGCCUUCUAGGUUUUUUUGGUUUUUAGCUGUUUCUCUUUGUUUUUAUUUCAGCGGCUGCAGCUUCCUGAGCGCAGCCAAGCCGGCGCCUUUUAACGGACAGGCUUUAAAUGGCAGUGCUUGGAUGGAGGGGGAGGGAAUGAGGAGCGUUCACAUCAAAGCCUAUAGUGAGGUCAUUUCCACAUGUGAAGAAUUGCUCCAUUCACAUAGUACGACUACGAGUCCACAGCAUCAGGCUCUCAUUUCGCCAUCUGAUUCUCUAUUGCUGUCUGGAUAUGAUGAAGAUUUUGCAGCCAAUAACAAUCACCUCAAGUUACCCAUCCCAGAAGUAAAUGAGGAGAGAUGCUGGGAAAUGGAGAAAACUGAGCAAAUCCCACCAGGACAAAUGGCCAGCAAUAGGACACGCUCCAGUUCAACCAGUGUGUAUCAUUUCCUCAUUGGUGUUCAUCCUUACUGGAUUGGGGAUCUGGAAAGUAUCAUCAUGAAAUCAGCAGAGCUGUAUGCCAGUUAUCCUCAUGGUGGUUUAUAUGGAAACAGGAAAUCUCUGUCCCAGCAGCUGGAGUUUUCUCCCACCACUACACAGCCUGUGCAUAAUCCCCCACGCUCUCUCAGCUCUGUUCAGCUGGUACACUCGUGCAGCAACACGCAAGCCUUCAUAAUCUGUAAUAUUGUGCUGAUGAAGGGUCAUGGAAAGAGUCUGGGCUUCAGUAUAGUUGGAGGGAGGGACAGCAUGUAUGGACCAAUGGGAAUCUAUGUCAAAACCAUUUUCCCUGGUGGGGCUGCAGCUGCUGAUGGAAGGCUACAGCAGGGUGAUGAGAUCUUGGAGCUGAAUGGAGAGUCACUGCACGGUCUGACUCAUGAUGAGGCCUUGCACAAGUUCAAACAAAUCAAAAAGGGCCUGCUGACUCUGGUGGUGAGGACCAGUCUGCGUGUGGGGGCCCCGAGUGGUCAGGCACAGGUCACCCAGUUAUGCAGGUCACACUCCCUCAGCUCCACUACAGGCAUGGCCAGAGUCAGUGCUGACAUGGGCAACUACAACUACCUGAACAGUACCUGCAGUAACACACCGAGCAAUCCAGGUCAGCCUGUAAAACCCAAAGACCGCAUCAUGAUGGAGAUCUUCUUACAGAAAGAGGAUGGUGUUGGCCUAGGCAUUGGGCUUUGCUGUGUUCCAUCUGGUGAUGGAUGUCCUGGGAUCUAUAUCCACACCCUCUCGCCUGGAUCUGUAGCACACAUGGAUGGUAGACUCCGGUGUGGGGAUGAGAUCAUGGAGAUCAACGACACAGUGGUUUACAGCAUGGCACUGAAUGAUGUUUACAAAGUCCUGAGCCAGUGCACACCAGGUCCAGUUCACAUCACCGUCAGUCGCCACCCUGAUCCCAAAGUAUCAGAGCAGCAGCUGAAUGAUGCUAUCACUUUGGCAGUGGAAAACAGCAAAGUGAAGAGGGAUAAGAGUCAGUGGAGUAUAGAUGGGCUGCGCAGACUGGAGUCUUGCUCUCACAGCCGGCAGAGAUGUGAGCAGUGUCCGGAGAAAGGUGUCACUCAGCUGACAGUUGGACAAGCACAGAAAACCAUGACCCGCUCCUGCAGUGACAACACCAACAGCCACCACCACAACCGCUGCCUCACCCUCCACAACACACACCACACCUCAUCAGUGUGUGUCCACAGCCUAGACACACCCAAGCAGUUCAUGACAGAGACAUGGUCAGACAACAGACUGUCAGUGCCUGUGUAUCCGGAUGAAGACUACAACAUCCCAUACAACUCCCCUGCUGCCAACCUCUCCAGUCAGCAGGCCCAGGAUCUGGUCUUCAGGGGCAACAAAUCCAACUUCAAGGUGCAUGCUGCUCCAAGUCAGUACUGCUGGCCUCAGGAUGUGACCAGUGAGGAGUGCUAUAUUGGAGACUCCAGUGGUUCCAAUGGAGGAUCCCCAGUUAGAGAAGGACUGCAGCCUUCAUCACACACCAGCUGCCAGUUCUUCAGCAGUAUAUGCAAGGCCUUACGAAAGAUCCUGAAGUUACUCUUAAGGAAUCAGGAAGGAGAGCAAGUAAGAGAACAGUCAGAAGGGAGCAAAGAAGACACUGCAGCCUCCACCGACAGCAGGCUACACACAGGUGCUUCAUCACUUUGGCUCUGUUCACAGACAAAGAGAGGUGCUCUUAGGAGGCAGGCUCGAAUUGGACAUCAUACCCAAGAGCAGCAUCAGGAUCCCUGGAUUCGCCUUCCAGACAGUUCCCUGGAAGAGCUGCCCGAGAUCCACCACUACUAUCACUACUCACAAGCUGCAGACACCACACAGCCUGCCAUCAUGAGUGAUGAAGAGAUCACUGCUGAGCUUAGUGGCACAGCCACUAAUUUAACUUCAGAUCCUCCUUCCGACAUGGUUCCUGAAAACACAUCUGCAACUCCUCCAGAAUCAAAGAAGGGGCCCCCAGUUGCACCUAAGCCUUCCUGGUUUCGCCAGAGUCUGAGGAAAAUUCGGGAUGAGCAGGACCAGAAGAAGCAAGCUAAACCUGCAGAGCCAAGGUCUGCUGUGUGCUUCAGCAGAAGCUUUGGAGGCAGAGCUGCCUCAACAGCAGCCAACCUGUCAAUCAAACAAAAAAUCCACUCAUUUGAAACUUUUUCCAGUCCAGAGAGUCCAGAGAAGGGGGGCAACAAGAGACAUGUGACCUCUUCCACUUCUCUUCUUCUGAUGGAAAAGGAGACCGGGAGUCAUCCUAGCUCACAUGAAGAUGUGAAUAGCAAACAUGAAAUCCCCAAAGAGAUACAGUCAAACCAGUCUGCAUUUGUUGAGGAGACAAACAAUAAUGUCCCCUCCUCACCCACUGCUGUCACCUCCUCCACCUCUGAAUCUGAUAGUCAAACAACAAUCAAGUCCUGUGAAGACAAACCUCCCUCCAUCCAGGCCCCCACUGAUCUCCCACCUACUGGUACCAUCAGGAAUGAUCUGGAGUCGGAUAUAAAUGAUACUCAGUCAGCUAUCGUCCAUGAUGACAGAAAUGUCUUACCACCCAAAGAAGAGUGUGAGCUAGAAAGAGUAGACGUCAGCAGGUCCAGAGAGUCCAAGGACCUGCCCCUUGCAACAUCCAGUCCAGAUGAAGAGGAAAGUCCCACAGAGGGGGCAGAGGGGUACGAAGCACAGAGCCAGGGAAGGCUGCUGAGCAUGGAUGGAAGUGCUGCUCCACCCACAGAUAGUAACUCCCUGAGAGGCCUGGAGGGAGAGAGUUUAGGAAAAAUUCUCACUUUCAGUAACCAGGUGUCACAAGCGUUGAUGCGCUCCCUGCCCAUGUACACAUGCCAUGGUAGCCCUUGCUCCCCAAACAUGCAGAUCCUAUCUGCCAUGGAUUUUACUAACUCUCAUGAGUCCGAGUCUGGUAUGGACAGCACUGACAGAGGAUUCUCUGUGAGCUUGGCCUCACUGAGGGAGUGUACCAUUGAGCGAGGGGAGGGAGGACCUCACAGUGAGGCAGCAGUCACUUCUGCUUGUGCUCACUCUGUCAUCUCAGCCAUCCCCUCACAGGAGAUAGAGAGGAUGAUCCAGGAAGUCAAAGCUCUAGAUGAAGAGACACUGAAGCAACUGGUGGACAUCCAGGUUGUGAUUCUGCAUAAAGAGGAGGGAGCUGGACUAGGCUUCAGCAUCGCUGGAGGGUCUGACCUGGAGAACAAAGCUCUUACAGUCCACAGAGUGUUUCCCAGUGGCCUGGCAGCUCAGGAGGGCACCAUCCAGAAAGGAGAUGAGGUGUUGUCUAUAAAUGGUCAAACACUGCGUGGUGUCACACACACUGAUGCCACCACUGCUCUGCGUCAGGCCCGCAGUCUGAAGCUGGCUGUGGUGGUUGUCUGCAAGAGAGCAGAGGAGGAAGGAAGAGAGCAAGGAGAUUGUAAGAGCAAAGAGCCCAGCCCUAUAGUGGAAGAGCAGGGAGGUCCGGUGAGUGUGGAGCUGGAGAAAGGAGCUGGAGGAGUUGGUUUUACUCUAGAGGGAGGAAAAGGCUCAAUCCAUGGAGACAGACCUUUGGUCAUCAACAGGAUCUUUAAAGGUGGUGCAGCAGAGCAGAGUGGUCUGCAGAGUGGAGAUGAACUGCUGCAGGUCCAGGGAGUCAGUCUGCAGGACAUGACUCGCUUUGAGGCCUGGAAUAUGAUCAAGGCUUUACCUGAAGGACCCAUCACAGCCAUCAUCAGGAGGAGGCAGGGGGUGACACAGUGACACACAGCUGCUGGGAGCUGCUUGCAAAUGAAGAACCCUGAAGCACCUAAGGCACAGCAAUGUUGACCUCUCCUAGAAAUCAUGUAUCAGCCAGUCAGUGUGGGCCACCACACUGUUUAUUUUUAUAUCACAUUUCUGAACAUAUAUCAAAUUUUUUUUUUUUUUAAAGAACAGCUCAUCCAAAUCACCAACAUCACCAUCAAUAUAUAUAUUUCUUACCUUAAAAAGUGGCUUCCAUGAUAGGUCCAGUGAGGUCUCUGAGAUUUUCUGCACACUGUUUUACAAAAGGACAGAGACCGGCCAGUGUUAAAAAUAAAUCAUGCUCUCAAAUUAAUAAACUACACAGAAAUUACUAAUUGCUGUCCUGGAAUUACUGAAUUUUUGCCCUUAGAAGGUUAAAGAUAACAUGCUGGUGUUCAACAGCCAAACUGGCUUAGUGCAUCCAUUUAUUGUGUCUCAACAGUGACACAGAACUGCAUGAAAUCCAAGUGGCUUAUUUAGAUCAGAUUGCCUAUGGUCUGACUGCAAUUGUGCUUGUUCUAGACAACAUACUGUAAUGAUGUAGAGUAUGUGCAACUAACUGAUAGCAGCCCACAGUGGUCAGUAUUAACGAAGCAACAACAAAUGUAGCAGCACAGCUGUACAAAAACAAAUCUGCUUAGAUUUAAAUGAGCUCUGAUUCCAGAGUUCUAUAUUCUUUCAGUUUAAAAACAGUGUCUUCUUUGACAUCCCCUCCAUACAAUGUUCAAAAGUGAAAUAUUUUCUGCAAACAAAUGAAGUCACUCGAGAACAUAACAGCAAUUUGUGUGCUUGAAUUGUUGAUUCAAAAGCCUGACUGUGAAAACUGAUUAGCUUUCUAAUGUUUCCCACCAUUUAAGGCUUCUUUGACUCCACUGGAAAACUACUCUUUGUUCAUGUUUACCAUCUCUAGAAUGAGGCGGUGAAUACAGUCCUUAAAUAACUUGUAUAUUAGCCAAAACUAUGAGAGUAAUAGGAAAUGGAAAAACAGUUUUUAAAAAUAAUAUGGCAGUAUCAUGUUUAUAUCAAAAAUACUGAUAAACGUCCUUGACACAUAUGCCAAAUAUUACUUAACCUAACCAUAGUAGUGGUGUGAACCAAGUAGUUUCAUAUGCUUUGUUCAUCAUAGUACAAAACAGCCAGCCACAAAUCAUGCAACGUGAGCCACGUAACAUCAUAAAAUUCUGAUUUUAACUAAUGUGAGGAAGAUGGUCUCCUCACUACAACUGCUGCCUUACAAAUGAAUCUGAAAAUGCACAGAAUGGUUCAGUCCAAUUCCAUUCAGAAAGAUGGACAUAUCUGAAGGAGAAGGGAAGAACAUAUACACAGGCAUAACAAAAAUCAACACCUACAGUAUAUGCAACAAUUCAACCCAAUGCGGAAGUCCUGCAACAAAACUUUGUUGUACUGGAUUGAUUUUAGUUCUAAUGUGUCUGAAGUGCAGGUGUUCAUUAGAUUCUGUUUGUAAUGCUCCUAUACUGUAUGUU